AUGGUCUAUCAGAACCUCCCCCUCGGCCUGGACCAGAUCCGCCUGAUUACACUCGAACCUACAGCAUCAGUCCAAGGUGAUGAUGACCCCAUCCGCUGUCGACUUGAAGUGAUAGACCUACCCACCCGACAGGCAGUCCGCCCGGAUAAUCUGCCAGCAAAUUACAUUGACUGCGAGCGCUGGGUAACGAGCCCGCCGCAGGAACGGGCUAGGGACGAUAUGAUACAGUACUUCCAAGAAUCUCUAGAGCAGAAUGAAACUGACACGAUGCGGCUUGCGCGAGACGUAGCCAACGGCAUUCGUCGCAUCAUUGGUCAACCAAGUCUCACGAAGGACGACAUCAUUAUUCCAAUUCUUUCGCUUAGGAGCCUGCUAGAUAUGGAUGAUAUAAUCAGCGGCAUAGAGAAUCAGGAGCUCCAUCAUAGCUUCGAGAUGCGGUGGCCGAUAGAUGACGACGAUGAGCUCUUGCCUGCUGAGGAAGGAUACACAGCUCGGGCGCAAUUGGAGGAGAUUCCUCGAUAUUAUCACCCUCAAGCCGAAGAGGCAGAUUCGUUGCCAUGCACCAUCGACCCAAAUAACUAUAUGGCCAUGUCCUACGCCUGGGGCGACAGUAACGGACCAAAAAGUACAGUUUACGUGAACGGUCAUCCCGUCACGGUGGGGCACAACCUUGAGGCGGGCCUACGUCGAUUUCGUGCAAUGGAGUACUUUCAAAAAGGUGGGAAGCUAUGGGUUGACUCGCUCUGUAUCAACCAAGAUGACCCAGUUGAGAAGGCAGCACAGGUUCAACAUAUGGGAAGGAUAUACAACCAGGCCGGAAACAUCAUUGUGUGGCUCGGGGAGAGCGACGAUACAAGUGAUCUGGCCAUCUCCGUCCUCGAGAAUCUUAGCAAAAUGCAACGAGCGGAGUAUAUCGAGAUAUUCGACAAUGCUGACCCCGUCCUCGCGACAGCCUGGAGGGAGAUUGCACAACUACGUUCGAAGAGUGCACUUCGACGGUUUAUCCGCAAGAUGGCGCGGCAUGGGCAGAUUUAUGUUUCUGAACUGCUCGAAGGUGAAUCAGUAUCCAGGUUUCUCAAUCGCCUUUAUUGGCGACGGCUCUGGGUCAUACAGGAGUUGGCUAAUGGCAGGGCUGGAAUGCCCCUGGUCUGCGGAUCGCGUGUAACCCAGUGGCGGUACAUCCGCGAUGCUGUGAUUGCUUAUACGGAACUCCUCACUUCCUGUCAAACGGGGACUUCUCGGGGUUCCCUGAAUGAUCAUAUCGCCUUUCAUAUUGCAACAAUUGCGAAGCUCGAAAUCCGGUCUCACCGCAGGACUCUACCAGAGAUCGACCAGAGAAUCACCUUACCCUUCCGUUCAGCCCCAGAGCCAGACCAAGCUCUCCAGAUAGGAUCGGGUCUUCGAGAGGCACUGAUCCUGGCGUCUAAUGCGGAGGCUCAGGAACCAAGAGACAGGGUGUAUGGCAUGCUACAUAUUCCAUCCCUUCCAGAUCUUGGCAUCGAGGUCGACUAUUCCAAGUCGCUGGUUCGGAUUUACAAAGAGUUUGCCGAGGCGUGUAUUCGCAAAGGCUCACCGCGCGAUGUCCUCUUUCUUCUCGACGGACGAGGACUGUCUCCAGGAGCGGCUGAUGUCACUGUCGACGAUGCCCUGCUUCUUCCCUCUUGGGUUCCUGACUUUGGAGCCAGCCUGACAUCUCGGCCCGGCAUGAUAGAGGGCGACUGGUAUGCGAGCAGAAACUCUGCGUCGUUUCAGCGUAUCACAGAUGUGACAUUUGGCUUUUGCCCACCGGACCUUACCGAUGACCAACUCCACAUGCAUGGGUUUGUAGCUGAUAUGGUAGUUGGUGUUGGUGCAUUGAAUCCUCUUGAUUCGGAUCUCGAUUCUACACCCUGGCCGACUGGCUUCCGAAAAGGGAUCGUGCAGCCAGGACCUGUGGAGAUGGAUAAAAACCUGGCUGAUGUUCUCCAUUCGAUGACCAAUGGCUACGAUGCCUCUGGUGCAUGUCAGCCAGGUGAGACGUCCAUGGCAUCGCGAACUUUGAGUGUUGAUUGGGUCUUGGUUGCUGGUUCGAUGGUUGGUGGUUCCAAAGCAGGACUACGUCACACAAGUCUCCUGAACUCGUUUCCUGCCCGGGAACCAGCCUCCAAUAGCCGUGACUACCGUAACUGGCAUUUCAUCCACAGCAAUGCAGAGUUCCUGAUUCAGGGGAAACCAUUAAAGUCAUACGUCUCGUUUCGCGAUGUUCCUCCCGACAGUGACAGCGACGACAGUGAUGACUCGUCCAAGGCACCUUCAGAUACCGCAUUCUCGGCCGCACGACAGGCUAUGACAUUUCGGACUCGUAAUCGCCGCCUGAUUUCAACGGCUUCGGGGCUUCUCGGACUCGCGCCCGCCGCGGCCCAGCCGGGUGACUGCAUACUCAUUAUCAUGAACCAUGGCGUUCCGAUUGUCGCACGGCCGGCCGAGAUCCGAACUCGUCGCGACAGGCCUGUUGUUGCGUGGCGGAUCAUCGGAGAAUGCUUUGUCGACGGAAUGAUGGAGGGAGAAAUGCUUCAUAAGCACAUCGAUGGAUCACGGCUACCGGAUUACCUUGUUUUCAUUUGA